AUGAAAUUAUUAUCAUAUAAUUCUUGGUUGUAAUCUUAAUCAUAAAAAGAUGGAAUUCAAAUAGAAAAUUAAGUGAAAUUGUACAAAGAAGUGUAUGACUUCUCUUAGAAAUUAGAAGCAUUAUUGUAAAAUGGAAAUCAUCCUACUUUUAAUCAUUACUUUUAAAAAGCUUUAUCAAUUUUUCAUAGAUUUGCUCAUUAAGUUUCUCUAAGAAAGUUUAAUAGACACAUUUAUACAUUAGCAUCACUUUAUCUGUCAGCAAAAGAUAAUGAUAUGUUUGAUCAUACAAUUGAAAUAGAUAAAUAUGUUAAAUGCUUUAUUGAAUAUAGUAAAGGAAAAGAAGGCUAUGAUUUAUAGUCUGUGUUAAUAGAAAAAAUUGUUGAUGCUGAAUCGCAUAUUUUACAAAUGAUAGGAUAUGAUCUAAAUAUUGUAGUACCAUAAGUUUAUUUUAUUGAAGCAAAGUUUAAAAUUACAGUAUAACAUGGAGAACUAUCUAAAUUACAUGAGACUGCAUAAAACUGUUUAAAUAAUCUAUUCUUUACGAAUGCUUGUCUAUACUAUGAACCAAAAAUAAUGGUUCUUUGUGCAUUUUAAUUAGCUUCAGAUAAUUUAAAGAUGACUUUAUCUGAUCUUGAUUCAGGAGAACCUUGGUAUACUAUUUUUAGUGUAAACGAAGAUCAAUAUUAAUAAGACUACGAGGAUAUGUAGGAGUUGCUAAAAUAUUAUUAAAAAUGUUUAUAACUCCUAUAAAUGUGA